AUGGGCUCCAUCAGUGCAGCAAAUGCAGAAUUUUGUUUUGAUGUAUUCAAAGAGGUGAAACUUUACCACCCCAACGACAACAUCUUUUAUUGCCCCUUGAGCAUGAUUGCAGCCUUGGCCAUGGUCUAUCUGGGAGCAAGAAAUAACACUGAGUAUCAGAUGGAGAAGGUUCUUCACUUUGAUAAAAUUGCAGGACUUGGAAGUAUCCAGACCAAGUGUGGCAAGUCUGCGAAUAUCCACCUACUGUUUAAAGAAAUUCUCUCUGAUAUCACUGCACCAGAAGCCAAUUAUUCGCUGCACAUUGCCAACAGACUCUAUGCUGAAAAGACAAGUCAGAUCCUACCGAUUUACUUAAAAUGUGUGAAGAAGCUGUACAGAUCUGGUCUAGAAACGGUCAACUUCAAAACAGCAUCAAAUCAAUCCAGACAGCGCAUUAAUUCUUGGGUGAAAAAUCAGACAAAUGGACAGAUCCGGGAUUUCCUUGAACCAAGCUCUGUUAAUCCUCAGACUGUGCUGGUCCUUGUGAAUGCCAUUUACUUCAAAGGGAAAUGGAAGACCCCGUUUCAAGAAGAACACACUGAGGAAGUGCCCUUCAACGUGACAGAGCAAGAGAGCAGACCCGUGCAAAUGAUGUAUCAGAACAGCACCUUCAGAGUGGGAAGAGUGGCUGAAGAUAAAAUCAAGGUCCUGGAGCUUCCGUACACCAGUGGAGAGCUGAGCCUGUUGGUGCUGCUGCCUGAUGACAUCUCUGGCCUGGCACAGCUUGAGAACAAAAUCAGCUUUGAAAAACUUACCGAGUGGACCAGUUCUGAGGUGAUGGAAAAGAAGAGAGUAAAAGUGUACCUCCCACGCAUGAAGAUUGAGGAGAAAUAUAACCUCACAUUUGUCCUGACAUCCUUGGGUAUGACUGACCUGUUCAGCCCGGCUGCCAACCUCUCUGGCAUCUCUGCAGCAGAGAGCCUGAGGGUGUCUGAGGCUGUCCACAAGUCAUACAUGGAAGUCAAUGAAGAGGGCACUGAGGAGAGCACUCGCUCAGCAGAUGACACAGAAGACAUUCUAUAUUCCUCUGAGUUUGAAGAGUUUAGGGCUGACCACCCAUUCCUUUUCUUGAUCAAACACAAUCCAAGCAACCUGAUCCUCUUCUUUGGUAGAUAUUGUUAUCCCUAAAAAGAAAAGGGCUGGAAAUAAUGCCUGCCUACCCCUAAGAAACAGACCCUCUUUACUCUAGUAUUGUAGUAUAAUCUUAUCUCUUCAAUAUUUUCUGCAAGUGGAAAGGCUACUCUAAGUUGUACCUUUUCCUGAAGCUUCCAUAGCAAAGACACACCUGCAGGUGAGGAAACAGCAGUGUGUUUGCUCCUUUCCCUUCUCAGGCUGGUUUCAGUGUGGAUUGAGCUAAGCAAAGAUAAGUCCUCAGAGAACAGAGCCCCUCAAAGACCAGGAAGUGGCCAUAUGAUUUCACUUGAGGAAAGAAUUGCAGACAGGGCUCCAAGUCUUUGGUAUUCCAUUACAUAGAAAGCCGUGGGCUAUGCUCAUCCCAUUCCCUGGUUCUAUCCUCCUAACAAUGCUCAUCCCAUUCCCUAGUUCUAUCCUCCUAACAAACCCAUGCA